AUGAUUAAUCGGAACGAAACUUGGUUAAACAGUCCAUUAUGUUUGUUCUUAUUAUCAAAAUUUGCUUGUAGCAUGCUUUUCAUGGUUGACUUGAUAGACUUGAUAUCAUAUAAUCGGCAAUAUUUUUAUGCUUUGUAUGAAGUUGAAUUUGAUAUAUUAAAACAACAGCCGAAAAAUAUCAUCAGCAAUACAGUAGAAACCCGUAUAAAAUAA